AUGAAGGAUACCGGUCGAGAUGGCUCCUCCGUCGAGGAAAUUGAUUUUAUCCCAAUAGCCAUUAUCGGCGCUGGCUUUUCUGGCAUUGCAGCUGGAUGCCGGAUCAAAGAAAAACUUGGUUUUAGCCAAUUCAAGAUAUUUGAGCGUAUGGAUGGAGUUGGGGGCGUCUGGAGAAAGCAAAGAUACCCUGGUGUUGCUUGCGAUAUUCCUGCGCCGCUCUACUCGCUUUCGUUUGCUCAGAGUACAGGAUGGUCCACUCUCACGCCUUCAGGUGAAGAGAUCCAAUGCUAUCUUGACGGCGUUUGUAAAAAAUACGAAAUGAUAAACAAUAUCCAGUUCAAUACUGAGAUAACAGACUUGAACUGGGAAGAAUCUUCAAGUCGGUGGAAGAUAUCGGGAUUUCGUCUGCAAAGGGAAAAAGAACGAGAACUGUUCUCACUUUACGCGAACGUCGUUAUAAUUGCGGCUGGAAAAUUUUACAGCCCAAAUCUUGCCAAUAUCCCGAAGCUUCCUGGAAUCGAUAGGUUCGGUGGUAGAAUUAUACACACGUUAGAUUGGGAUGACUCUCUAAAUUUGGAAGGCAAAGAUGUAAUAGUCGUGGGCUCUGGUUGCACUGCUGCUCAGGUGGUUCCUUCGUUGCUGGCAUCUCCUCAUAAUGCGGGAUCUGUCACUCAAUUGAUGCGAUCUGCUCCGUGGGUUAGGCCAAAGUUUAUAUCGGAAAGGCUCAUGAGCAUGUGGGAGCAAUACAUGCCAUGGCUGACACGGCACAUACCGUUUCUUGCGGGGAUUACUCGCAUGAUCAUAUUUGUGAUAACGGAAAGCUACUACUACCUUCUAUUUGCUAGCUCGAUUGGGAGGACGAGAUUCAAAAGACACGUUUUACGUUAUAUACAUCGGGAAGCUCCUGCUGAAUACCAUGAAAUUCUCGCCCCAGACUGCGAAGUCGGCUGCAAAAGAUUUGUCCAGGAUAUCGCCUGGUAUGAAAGUCUCAAUGACCCACGUGUACAUCUUACCACUGCAAAUCUGAAGGUAUUUGAAGAGAAUGCAGUGGUUUUAGAAGAUCGACACUGUGGCCUAGAGAAACGAAUACCGGCGCAAAUUGUUGUGCUAGCUACGGGAUAUGAUAUAUCUACAUUUUACCCUAGCAUGUCGACUACGGGACGAGACGGAGUUGAACUACAUCGGCUAUGGACAGAAAGAGGCGGACCGCAAACAUACUUGGGAAUUGCAGUCGAUAAAUUUCCUAAUCUCUUCAUUUUAGGAGGUCCAAAUUCAACCAACGGUCAUACCAGUGUACUAAUCAAUAUCGAGAAUGGAGUGGGCUAUCUCAUUCAGCUAUUGAAGCCUAUAAUCAUGGGAGAUAUUAGCACAUGUGAAGUCAAAACAGACGCAUGUACAAGAUGGACGUCGAAGAUUCAAGACGCAUCGAAUGGCAGCGUGUGGAAAACCGGCUGUAGUAAUUGGUAUAUCAGCAAGACCGGUUGGAACGGCACCGCAUAUCCGUAA